AUGAGUGGAACCCCACCAAAUUCUUGGGAUAGUUCACCCAGAAUCUUCUCUAAAGCUCUGCAUCUGGACUCCUACCAGUCCCUGGUGCUUUCAGGCCUUUUACAAAGCUCUGGGGAAGACAAAUGCAAGACACAAAUUUCCCAGGAGGAAAUUAAAUUCAUCAAAAAUGUUAAGGAGGGAGGUGGUCAAGACGAGUUGAAGAAUCCGAGUUUCAAUUUGGGGGAGGGGGAGGGGAGGAAGAGGGAAGUUAAUAACGCGGCUGCGGUGUACCCGUGUGGGGUGAAACGGAACCAGAUGCGGCUGUUACAUCUGGAAAAUGGGGGUGGGGGAGGGCUGGGGGAGAAAGACAUCGUGUCCAGGAAACCGCGGGCCUCGCCGCUUUCGCCCCGGGCCUGUCCUUCCCAGGACUCACCGAGGAGCCGCCGCCGCCUCGCCAGCUCCCGAGCGCGAGUUGGCGGAAAAGUUGGGCAGCGGGAAGAGCGGCGGGACGAGCCGCGCAGCCGGGAGGCUCCGGCGCCGGGGGCCGCUCGGGACGCCAAGCCAGCCCCGGAUCCGGGGGCGCCGCGACUCUUACCUCGCUCGGCGUGGAGGUUCCGCCUCGGGAAAGUCCGCCGUGGCUUGCGCGAGCGGGCGUGUGCCCGCGUCCCCGGCUCCGGCCCGCCGCCCCCGGGCUCUUUUCGGGUCCUGGCGGGGUCGCGAGAGCUCCGCGGCCGGCGCUCGACUCCCGGCGGCGCUCGGUGCUCGGCGCCUCCAGCCCGGGCGGGAACAAUGGAGCCGGAGCUGAUGCCCCGGAGGCGGGGCGGGGGGAGGGCUCCCGUCCGCCGCCCGGGGUCUCCAGACCUUGUGCCCCUCUUUUCCAGACCGCGGCGGCGGCGUCUCACGCUCCUUGCAGACCGGGCUCCAUCGUUCCGCGGAGGCCCCGGCGCCGCGGCGUGCCCGACUGCAGCACGGGUACCGUGCGCCCUGUGGGGCGCCCCGAGCUCGGACGGGAGAAAGUCCUCGGGUUCCGCGGCUUUUCGAGCAGCUGCGCGCUCGCGGCCGGGGAAGGCGAGGUCGCCGCAAUGCGCUACGCGGAGUCUCGGUCCCGUCCGGACGUGGCCCUGCUGCCGGCACAGCCCGGGUUCCUCCGCGCGCUACGGCUGCACCAGCGUCCCGGCUCCCGCUCACUGCCGCCCGCCGCCGAGGACGCCGCGCCUGUGGCCGAAGGAGCGCUCCGAGCGCUGUGCGCCGGCGAGGCGCGAGGGCUCGCCCUCUCACUCCCACCGGCGCUGGUCCCUCCUCCGCCUCCGCCCCCUGCCGCUGCCUGCUGGGCCUUGUAGUUCUCCAGCCGCGGCCCCAGAGGAGGGGGAGCCGGCCGAGCGGGCCGAGCUGUCCGGCGCUCUGCCCUUCUCUUCCUGCAGCCUGGUCUCCUUUGGCGCUUGCGCCCCUGCAUCUGAGCGCGUCCCAGAGGGCGCCGGAAUAUUAGAUUAUCAUGUGUUGGUGGCAGCAAAAACAGAGGAUUGAUGACAGAUAGAGGAUCGUUGGAGCACACAUUGGGACAAUAAAUGCCCACAUAACUUUGUCCAGAUAAAGAUGUGGUCCGUACCCCUGGUCCUGGCUAAGGGGGGUUGUCCUGGGACUGGGGAGCAGUUAUGCACCCUUCCUACCUUCCUGUUCCUGUUCCUGUUUCUGCUUCAGGUGGCCUUUUAUUUAAAUUCUAAAGCC